GGGAGGAAAGGACUGAGGGAGAGCGGCACAUCGUUAUGCCAGGGGGAGACGGGUGAGAGCAAGAAGUUGUGGGGCAGCAAAGUAAGUAGAAGAAGAAGAAGCAGCCCCUUGUGAGGGGGGAGCCGCACGGAAGACGCACUCCUUGUUCAGUCAUGUAGCAGGACAGAGGCUGACUGUCUGCCGGCCGGAGGAGGAGGACGCUGUUUCUUCUGCUCGCCGUUGCUGACUGGAAACAGUUUGGAGGGAGAGGAGCAGUGAUAAGGUUGUGAGGUGAGGCACAGCAUGCAGCCUCGCAGCCCUCCCCAGCUCAGCAAUAUGGCUGCUGCUGUUGCUUGCAGGCUCGGUGCAGGCAGAGGGUGCAUGAGGGCAGGAUUGUGCUCAGCUCCUAUGCAGGCUGCAAGCUGGAGCUUCCUGCUGGGCCUAUAACUCCUCCGAGAAAAGCCCACAGACUUAGACAGGAGGAGGGAGCUUCUGACGAGUCGGCUCUUCUCAGGCUUCAGGAUGGAGCCCAAGCACAGGGAGUUACUCCAGCAGUGCCACCAAAACCUGGUGGAGUCCGUCAGUGAUGCAGACAGGUUGCUGAACGUCCUGGAGGAGGCUGGCACCCUCACCCUCAGGGACAGGCAGGAGCUGGACAGUAGUUGUACCACUCACCAGGAUAAAGUGGACCUCCUGCUCAAGAUGCUACUUGUCAAGGAGAAGGACCACUUCCAAGAUCUGAGGGUAGCGCUGGAGAAGACUGAGCCCCAUCUACUACCCAUCCUCUACUUGAACGGCUUGGGAAGUGAAGACACUGCAGGCUCUACAUACAGUGUCCUCACCACCAUGCCUUCAGACUCAGAAAGCAGUGGAUCUGUCAGCAGUGUUGGUACGACUAAUAAGGCCUCUUCCCCUCCCUUAUCUACUACUGAUAGCCGUCUCAUGAGUGAGAAGUUAGACACCAUACUGUCACAGUUGAGGCAAGUGACACGUGAGAGAGAUGAGCUUAGGAAACGACUGGCUUUGUCUUCACCCGGGUCAACGUUUGACGACUGCAGACCAAGCCCCAAACUUACACCAGACUAUGAGCGACUGAAGGUGCAGUGCAUGAAAGCUAUGUCAGAACUGGAGGCAUUACAGAGUCAGCACUCCAAGGCACUUAAAAAGUGUGAGGAGGCUGCAAAGGAAGCGGAUUUCUACCAUACUCUUCACAGCCGUGUUUUAAGUGACCAAACGCAGCUCCAAGAGGAUAGUGAGAGUUUGCGCAGGAAACAUACCCAACUACAGAGAGAGUUCACCCAUCUCCAGCAGUCCUGCCAGGAUCUGAAGAGAAUGCAUGAUGCAGAUCAGAAGGAGAUCUCUGAAAUGCGCAGACAACAGCAACUGGUUGUGAAACAGAACGGUUCUUCAGAGCUAAUUAACAAGUUAUACGACACUGCCUUAGACAAGCUGGAAAUUGUGAAAAAGGAUUAUGAUUCCCUACGUAGACAGUACAAUGAGAAAGUCUCUAGUCACAAUUUGGAUUUAGGGCGGCUGGAGCAGAGUGAGGAAGAAAAGAGAAGCCUUCAGAAGCAACUGGAGGGAUUGAUGAAGCAAAGAGAUAGUGCUAUGCAUCUGCAGCACCAAUAUUCCUCCUCCAUGAGAAGGUACGAUUCCAUCCAGCAGGAGUUAAAUAAGGCAGCUUUACAGAACAAGGAGCUACAAAGGGAGAUUGAACGGCUACAGGCAGAGGCCACACGUUUCAAAACCAUGCAGCUUAAAGCUGUCAAAGAUGCUGAAAAGUACAAAGAAGAGAGAGACUCUGUAUUUAAUGAGUACCGUUUAAUUAUGAGUGAGCGAGACCAAGUCAUUAAGGAGAUGGACAAAAUGCAAACUGAACUUGAAUUGGCACAAGGAAGGAUAAAAAAUACAUCAAGUGAGAAGAGAGUUGCAAGUGAGGAAAUGGAAGCUCUUAGACAGGAGCUAAACUCUGCCCUUGUGGAACGGGAUAGAGCCAUUUUUGAAAGGAAUGAGCUCUUAGAGAAAUACUGUCAUGAGGUUAAGGACAAAGCAGAAGCUCAAAAGGAACUGGACCAAGCCUGUAAAGACAUUGAGACUGUGAAGGAAGAACGGGAUGUGGCAAGGAAGGAGAGGACAGAGGCUAUCAUACAGCGGGACCACCUACUUAGAGAGUACUAUCAAGCUAGACAGAUUCAGGAUUCUGCAACUCUGGAUAUGGAAAGAGCAAACAAAGAAAUAGAGGUGCUGAGAAAACAGUAUGAAGCAAUGACCCAUGAACUGAAAGAAGCCACGCAGGAAGCUGAGGUAGCCAAGUGUCGGCGAGAUUGGGCCUUCCAGGAGAGGGACAAGAUUGUAGCAGAGAGAGAGAGUAUCCGGACCCUGUGUGAUAAUUUACGCAGAGAACGAGACCGUGCAGUUAGUGAACUAGCAGAGGCAUUGAGAAACCUAGAUGACAUGCGUAAGCAGAAGAAUGAUGCUACACGUGAACUGAAGGAAUUGAAGGAAAAGAUGGAUAACCAGAUUGAGAAAGAAGCCCGUUUCCGACAGCUCAUGGCUCACAGUUCUCACGACUCUGCUAUUGAUACAGACUCCCUGGAGUGGGAGACAGAAGUGGUGGAAUUUGAGCGUGAGAGGGAAGACAUGGACCUCAAAGCACUGGGGUUUGAUGUGGCAGAUGGUGUCAGCGAGUCUUUUUUCCCAGGGGAUAGCGGCAUUUUUGUAACUAAAGUGGACAAAGGGAGCAUUGCUGAUGGCCGGCUAAGAGUAAAUGACUGUCUCCUAAAGAUAAAUGACGUGGAUCUUACCAACAAGGACCGAAAACAGUUGAUAAAAGCUGUCCUUAGUGGAGGGGAUGUCAUCAACAUGGUGAUACGGAGAAGAAAGUCUCUUGGAAGUCGAAUUGUAACGCCUUUGCAGAUCAGCCUCGGCAAUCACAAAGAUAGUGGAGUUUCUUUGGAGACUGGAAUAUUGGUGGCAUCUGUGAUGCCUGGAAGUCCUGCUGCCAAAGAGGGAUCUCUCACAGUUGGUGACAGAGUAGUGGCUAUUAACGGUAUCGCUUUGGACAACAAAUCCAUUACAGAAUGUGAGGCACUACUCGGGAGCUGUCGGGAGUCUCUCAGCAUCUCUUUGUUAAAGGUCUUCCCACCCAUGACAUCUUGGAGUGGGCAAAACCUCUUUGAAAACCUGAAGGAUUCUUGUCGUAUUCUCCCUCCAAACAUUCAGGCUCAGAAUAAAAGGAACCUAAAGAAUAACAGCUCAACCCAGACAGACAUCUUUCGCACAGACAUUCUUGAUCACAAGAAAGAGAUGGGAGAUUGCAGUGGAUCCGAGAGAGCACUUCAGUUGAGCUGCCAUAGUCACUCCGAGCACAGCUUAGGGUCUAUAGGUGGAGAUGCUUUUAUGGGACGUGGCUAUGAAUUGCUAGAAGAGGAGGGAAGACCCCUUGGCUAUACUGAAGCUAUUACAGAUGUUCUAGUGGAGGCAUCCACUGGCAAGAGGAGUAGUGGGACAUGGCCAAAGGUUAUGGUAAGCCCUGGACAUUCCCAAAGUGAGUUCACUGUCUUUAAAAGACCAAGACAGAGAAAGUCCAUUUUUGAUCCAGAGACUUUCAAGAGGCCUCAGACACCCCCAAAACUAUCUUUUAUGACACCUGCAUCAGUAAUGUGUCAUUCUUCCCAGCCUUCAAAAGUAGACCGACCACCAUCUCCUCCAACUCCUCCUAAACGCAGUGACUCUAUAAAAUUUAAACAUCGACACCAGUCUAGCUCAGCAUCUGAUUCCACUGUAACUGCUGGUUCACCGCCUACUAGUCCUUUACCAACGUCUCUUCCUACCAACUCCCAAGAGAAUACCCAUCAUAACAGAGGGGUUGUAAAAUGCUGCAUAGAGAACGCGGUAGACUGUUCUUUGACAGGCUUUAGAGGAAGUGGAGAUGUAGAAAGCUGCUUGCAGAGGGCAGAAGAGCCAGAGGUCAAGAGGCCGAGACCAUUGUCUGCGCCAGCUUUAAAACACAGAUUGGCACCUGUCAGUAUUCCCCACCAUUCACUACAAAAGUUUUCCCCUAGUUCCGAGGAUCGCCUGUCUCCUGAACUGAAUCAUGAGUGGGUUAGAUUCUCUCCCACACGUUCUCCCCGCCAUAGUGACAUUUUUGCUUCUACCUUAUAUGGAUCUGGUAUGUCUGGUACUGUACCUCGAAGCCUUGCUCCUUGUCCUGCUGUUACCGCAGUUUUAAGAAAUCCAAUCUACACCGCCUGGAGUCAUCGUGUUCCCACUAAUAAUUGUCCCUCCUCUACAGGCCAGGCCUGCUCCCAGCACAUGAAUCAAAGUGCGCAACACCAUGGCAGGCUAAGCUUGGACCUGAGUCACAAACACCCAAGUGAAUAUUGUGAUACCUCCCGUCCUAGGGUAUCACAUGGCUCCAACUCUCUGCCUUCCAGUGCCCGUUUAGGAUCCUCAAGAACUGAACGCAUUAAAAUCCCAUUAACACCAAGAUAUUUGAGGUGCCCAAUGGGUUCGGACAGGGGUUCCCUUUCACAAUCAGAGUGCAGUAGUCCCAGCCUUGCCAGCCCUCCUCAUUCUCCCCUCAACUUGGAAACCUCUUCGUUUGCAAGUAGCCAGUCACAAAAUUCUAUUGCCAGCUUGCCUAGAAUUUCCAUCAGCACUGUACCCAUGGGGGAACGCAGGAAAGACAGGCCUCUGGUAGAUGAGCCUCGACAUGUUAAGGUACAGAAAGGAUCUGAACCUCUAGGAAUAUCAAUUGGUGGUGGAGAAAGUGGGGGCAUCUUUGUAUCUAAAGUGAUGGCUGGAAGCAUUGCUCAGCAAGCUGGGCUGGAAUAUGGAGAUCAGCUGCUAGAGUUUAAUGGUAUAAAUUUGAGAAAUGCUACAGAGCAGCAAGCACGGCUCAUAAUUGGACAGCAGUGUGAUACCAUCACAAUCCUGGCCCAGUACAACCCUCACAUGUGCCAGCCACUUCAUUCACGAUCCAGCUCACGCCUGGAUGCUAGCACCUCUCAUUCAACACCUCACGGCAGCGGCGCUGCAACACCUGACAAUCAUUCCGUCAUCGACACUGUGAGUGAGCAAGAUGAAGGGACCAUGACUCCUCCUUCAAAAGAAACGACGCCUAGUACAAGCCCUCGCAGCUCACUUAGGACACAAGUGGAUGGCAUAAAAAAACACUCAGAGAUCCGCACAGUUACCCUCUCUAAGUCUCCUGUGGAGCUGGGAAUGCAGAUCUGUGGCGGGAACCUGCAUGGAAUAUAUGUGUUGGAUUUAGAUGAGGAUAAUGCGUCUGGUGGACUGGAGGGACUGCUGAGAGGAGACUUCAUUAUAGACUAUGGCUCUGUUAACAUGAGAAACAAAACAGCUGAAGAAGCCUACCUAGAGAUGUUAAAACCAACAGAAAAUGUUAAGUUGAAGGUGCAGCAAAAAGUGGAUGAGUUCAGUAAUAUUAAAGACCAGCCUGGUGAUGGGUUUUAUGCGAGAGCACUUUAUGACCGGCAAGCCGAGCAUCCUCAGGAGUUGAGUUUCAAGAAGGAUGAUAUAUUAUAUGUGGACGACACACUCCCACAAGGUGUGUUUGGGGCAUGGAUGGGUUGGCAACUUGAUGAGAAUGCCCAAAAACUGGAGAGGGGUCAGAUUCCCAGCAAAUAUAUGAUGGAGCAAGAAUAUUCCCGCCGACUCAGUGUUUCUGAAGUACGAGAUGAAGGUGGUGCAGCAAAAACUCUUUCUGCAGCUGCUAGGAGGUCUUUUUUUCGAAGGAAAAACAAACAUAAGCGAAGUGGGUCUAGAGAUGGCAAGGAGCUUCAAGGAUUGGACACAAUCAGCACAGAUUCUAUCCCCUUCCUCGAUGAAUCUAUGAACGUGGCAUACCAACGAGUGCAAAGGGUAGACUGCACAGCACCACGUCCUGUGCUGAUUUUAGGGCCAUUAGUUGAUGCUGUAAAGGACAUGCUGGUCAAAGAGUCCCCAGGGAAGUUCUGCAGAUGUCCUCUUGAGGUAAUGAAAGCUUCUCAGCAGGCCAUAGAGCGUGGGGUGAAGGAUUGUCUCUUUAUAGAUUACAAAAGGCGUAGUGGCCAUUUUGAUGUCACCACAGUUGCUUCAAUCAAGGAGAUCACAGAUAAGAACUGCCACUGUCUUCUGGACAUAGCCCCUCAUGCCAUUGAAAGACUUCACAGUGUCCACAUAUAUCCAAUUGUCCUUUUUAUCCGGUACAAAAGCACUAAACAGAUAAAGGAACAAAAGGAUCCAAUCUUUCUACGGGACAAGGUAACACAGAAAAAUUCCAAAGAGCAGUUUGAAUCUGCGCAGAAAAUAGAACAAGAAUACAGCAAGUAUUUUACAGCUGUAAUUCAAGGGGGUGCACUGAUCAACAUUUGCACUCAGAUCCUGGCAAUUGUGGAUCAAGAACAGAACAAAGCCCUGUGGAUCCCAGCUGGUGCCUUCUGAAACUCUGCAUGCUACUCCUUCAUAUCACAGUGAAGCAAUAGGCAAUGACCCUGUUUGUACUUCACUGAAAUUUGAGUUGAGAACCACUGCUCAUGGUGUGGAUCUAUUACAUAAUUAUAUGGGCACAGCAUCAACAAUAAGUUCUACCAGAGCACCAAUUAAUGGAAAACCAGAUGAAAGAUUGGAUAUAAGUAGCUUUGAUCAUCUUGUCUUGCUUGUAUAAGAUGUUCCAUAGAGAAACCAGAAUUGAAAAAUUACAACAAGCAGUCCGGUAACAGUCACGGGCAAACUCUUCAGGACCGUGGAAAAUUGAUGGAAAAUCAAUGACUAAUGAGUUAGCCAAAUGGUGGUGGACAUUAUUUUCAAGUGCUCAGUUAAUCUUUAGUGUAUACAGAUCAACCUGAGAGCCUUUGUUCUUCUUUCAUAACACACUAAUUAUAGGUACUUGACCAGGGGUUUCAACAUAAAGAGCUGUUUCUCACCAAUAUACUAUGUAAACUUUUGCUUGGGCCCUGUAGUAUAAACAGUCUUACCACCCUUUACUGCUAGAGGUGACUAGCAGUGAUUUGCUUCGGCUGAUACUUGAAUUAGGGGCACCGUGGCACGCUCCAGAUUUGUUUCUGUAGACCAGUUUAAGUGACACUACAAGUAACUGCACUUUUUUUUUUAAAUCUUUCUUGAAACAUGCCAGUUGUUAAAUCUUUGAUAAGGACACCAGAAUAU